CGCAAAGCAUUUACAAUUUGCGGCUUCAGAUACUAAGCAUAGCAGCCAUGCUGCCUAUGAUCAAGCUGGGCGGCCUGGUGGCCCGCACGCUGACGAAGCCCCUAGCGCGUGUGGUCAAGUCACGCUCCAAGGUGCAUCCACUGCUGAACUCCGUGUGUGGACAAUUGGGUCAGCAGCAGCACCGACUGAGCAUGAAGCUGCACAUGGGCUUUCGAGGUAUCUCCAACUACACCAUCAAGCCCCUGCCGGCCGAUCAAGCAGUAGAGCAAGGCGCGGACUUGGUAGGUGAGCUGCUCAUCUUCUCUGUGGCGCUGGGUGUCGCAUCGCUCGAGUACUCGCGCUCAGCUGCCAGUGCGCGUGCCAAAGAGGCCAAGCAAAAGGAGCUACAAUUACAGGAGGAGAGAGAAAUGGAGGCUCGUUUCGAGUAUUUGGAAGGGCAAGUGGUGUGGUUAGAAGACCGUUUGGUGGAGCUUACGAAGAUCCUAGAGAGCGAGAUGGGCGCGAGACUGGAGCUGCUAGUGGCUGAGGCCAAUCGACAAAAGGAGACACCACAAAAAGAGCAGGAAUCGCCUGGAGCUUCGAGACUCGCGCGGAGACGACAGCAACGACUGGACCAGAACGUGCAUGUGGGCGUCGACAUUGACGAGAAAACAGCGGCAGAAGCUUCCACGUCAGUUGCAAAGCUUUGGAAUAGUACAUACGACGCAGUGGCAGGACUGUUCAAGUAGACUUGUGUGUAACAACGAUGUCUUCUGCGACUUGAGAAGUGCUUCCGGGCUUGGAAUUCAUGUAUUAUUGCUAUCAGGAACUUCUUUCAGCCUACGAAGAGCUCUUCGCUCAUCUGAAUAGCUGCCGUUCUGAGUGCUGCGGCCAAGUCUGCGCGCUCCUGCUCCACUGGGUCGAUUUGUUUCUGUGUGUCUGGUUGUGGUGUAGUGCUGCGUGGGCCUAACGAACUGUGGAGCUGGAGACCAAAGUGAAUGCAGCGUAGUACAAGUGUGGGGUGACGAACCUCAUUCGAAGCGAACUGGAAAAUGUCCAACCAGUUGGAGACUGUCAUCAUCCGGCACAUCGCAGACGUCGUCGUGUGCCAACACUUGGCAGACCCAACAGUGUUAGCCAGAUGGAGCAGUUCCCGUAACAUUGGGAAGCUUUGGAGCUCCGUUAGAGCAUUCACUGCGUCCUGUUGGGGCAUUGGUAGAAGGUCUACAAAGUACUGGACACUGGAUGCCCGGAACUUGCUGAGUCUGGCGAUGAUAAUGGAGUUAUUACCCUCUGGAUCGUGACGGUUGUCGGCUUUCCAUCCACGAAGCAGGUUACUAUGUUCGCGCAACAAUGCUGCAGUAGCUUUGACAAACUCUCCGUCUGCACAGCGGAGUUGGAUAAUAAAGUCUUGAUCAUCGGUACUAUCAGGAGUCUUUUCUUCCCCUUCUCUCUCGUUGUUGUCGGUUUGGAAGACAUUACAGUCCCUCGCUUCGAUCUUCAGGGUUGAACAUUUAUCGCUACAGUUUAAGCAAAUGGACAGUAGCGAGACUGCUAGACCCGCCUCGUCGUCCGCUUGGAUUGCCGUCACCA